GCUCUUUCUGGAUGGAGGCGCCUCGGGAAGGAGCUGGCUGAAUGCUGUGGCCUUCACCUUGCAGCCUCCACUGACCACACCUCCCCUAGUGCAGAGGCUGCCGCCAGAAGGAAAUGUUGUACCAGCCAGCAUCUCAGGUUCCUGGUGUGACCUCCAGGAUGGAACUGGGACCAGCGGCGACAGAGACCUUCGUGUUGGAACUGCGAUGUCUUGAGGAUGGAGGCCCAGGGCCCGACACCCUGUCAGGUGGCAGCGGUGGAAGCGACAGUCAGGAAGAUGAAGAGACUCAGGAAGGCAGAAGCAGCCCACCACGACCAGCAGUUUCUGCCUCAAUGGGGGCCAGUAGCAUCACUGAGGAAGGCCAGCUGGGACAACAGGACUUUCAAGGACAACAGUCAGAGCAUCAUCCAACACUACACCAACAGCCGGAGCACCAGCAGGAACAGCAACCACAGCGCCCACCGCUGGGUCAUCAGCUGGAAUCGCAACAAGAGCAUUCACAGCAGGACGGGCAACAGCAGCUGUCUCAGCCACCACAGGAACCACAGGAACCACAGGAAAGCCACCAAUCCACGCAGCACCAAGAACUGAAGCCAGAGCUGCAGCUAACACAGCAGCAUGGACAGGGACGUGAGCAGCAAGUGCCGGAGCAACAAUCACAGAAGCCACAGCCACACCAAGUGAAAGAGCAACAGCCGGUGCACCAGCAGCAGGAACCGCUACCACAGCAGCCAGUGCAAGUUCAAGAGCAACAGCUGUUGCGGCAGCAGGAGCAGCACCAGCAGCAGCAGUUGUUGCAACAGCACCACCAGGAGCAGUUAAGGCAGCAGCUGCUCCAGCAGCAGCAUCUGCUCCAGCAGCAGGAACAAUUGCAGCAGCAGCAGUUUCAGCAGCAGCAGGAGCAGCUCCAGCAGCAGCAGCUCCUCUUGUUGCAGCAGCAGGAGCAGUUACGGCAGCAGCUGCUGCAGCAGCAGCAACAGGCACAACUGCAGCAGCAGCUGCUGCAGCAGCAGCAGGCACAGAUACAGCAGCAGCUGCUGCUGCAGCAGCAGGAACAGCUGCAGCAGCAGCAGCAGCUCCAGCAGCAGCAGCAGCUGUUGCAGCAGCAGCAGGAACAGCUCCAACAGCAACAGUUGUUGCAACAACAGCAGGAACAGCUGCAGCCAGAGGAGGAAGAGGUGGAACUGGAGCUCAUGCCAGUGGACAUGGGGACGGAGGAGGAGCUGGCACAGCAGCGGCAAGAGCUGGAGCGGCAGCAGGAGCUGGAGCGGCAGCAGGAGCAGCGGCAGCUGCAGCUCAAACUGCAAGAGCAGCUGCAGCAGCUGGAACAGCAGUUGGAGCAGCAGCAACAGCUGGAGCAGCAGCAGCAGCUGGAGCAGCAGGAGGUCCAGCUGGAGCUGACCCCCGUGGACCUGGGCGCCCAGUCACAGGAGGUGCAGCUGGAGCUGACCCCCGUGCAGCCCGAGCUGCAGCUGGAACUGGUGCCCGCCCCAGGGAGCGGCGGGGCUGCUGUCCCAGGAGCUCCAGCAGCCGUGGUGGUGGCCCCUCCGGGCUACGUGGUGCUGCAAGAGCUCAUGGUGCUGCCGGCCGUGAGCACGUCGGCCGUGGUGGCCAUCCCGGGUCCGGCGGGCAGUGCGGCGCUGACACCUGCGCGACAGCGGCGGCGGCGGCGCGCACGGGACAGGCCGACCAUCUGCGGGGAGUGUGGCAAAGGCUUCAGCCGCAGCACGGACCUGGUGCGGCACCAGGCCACGCACACCGGCGAGCGGCCGCACCGCUGCGGCGAGUGCGGCAAGGGCUUCUCGCAGCACUCCAAUCUGGUGACACACCAGCGCAUCCACACGGGCGAGAAGCCCUACGCCUGCUCCUACUGCUCCAAGCGCUUCAGCGAGAGCUCGGCGCUCGUGCAGCACCAGCGCACGCACACGGGCGAGCGGCCCUACGCCUGCGGCGACUGCGGCAAGCGCUUCAGCGUCUCGUCCAACCUGCUGCGCCACCGGCGCACGCACUCCGGGGAGCGGCCGUAUGUGUGCGAGGACUGCGGCGAGCGCUUCCGCCACAAGGUGCAGAUCCGGCGCCACGAGCGCCAGCUGCACGGGGCCGGACGCUCGCGGGGCCUCGGUCUGCUGCGACCUUCGCGGCCCGCGCCCUCGGGGGGCGCAUCGCGUGCCCAGCAGGCCUCCGGGCCACCCGCCAGCAAGGCAUCGUGAUGCGGGUGCGCCUCGCCUCCCAGCACAGGGCGGGGGACGGGCUGGCAGCGCGCGGGUGGGAGGGGCUGGGGGGGGCUGAUGCACCUGACACCACGUUGUGAUCUUGACCCCAGUGUGUGAUCUUGACCCCAGUUCUCCUUAUCUCUGGACACCCUGGGGGUGAGGGGGAAGGGAGAAUUGAAAAAAAACAAAAAAACUUCCAUCAUCCCCUGAGACUCUCUAAGAAGUACCAGGUUUACAAAUUCACCCCCAAAAAUCAUCCUCAAGAGAACAGCCCCCGUGGCUCAAACAGCACCAGGGGAAACCGAUGGGCGAGAGGGCUGCCUAGUUUGGGGUUUUUUUUCUUUUUAUUUCUCUUAUGAGAAAAUUGGACGAACAACUUGGUGACGUUUGACGCCAACUGAACACUAACCAGGGAAUAAAAAAUAUAUAUGAGGUGAUAGGCACACGGAAAAGAUUGGAUGCUGAUGGAAAUUAUGUCAAAGAGAAAAAAAAAGGGUGGGGGUGGUUGAAAGAAAACUUACCUGCUUUAUGCAAAGAACUGAGCAAGGCACUGAAUUGUCCUUGGUGUCAUUGGCCUUGAAAAAAUACCUGCUGGGUAAAAGUCCCUGGGGGAAAUAAUUCUGAUGGAAAUGCCUGUGUUCAUAGACAUGGGGUCACAGUGUUCACAGGGUCAACGUGCAGACAAAUGCCAGAAAGUUCUGCUCUGGGCUAAAGGUUUAACCUUCCAUCCUGGAGAGCCCAAGUUUCUGUACCUGUUGGAGGCAGGUUCUCGGGCCUCUGCUACAAAUGUUCCCAAGUCCCCUUGCAGCCCCCAGGCAUGUCCCCUGAAAUGAGAUCCUGAGAGAGCUCCAGGUUUGCCCUAUGGAGGCCAGGGCUGCCCAGGUGCUGCUCUGGUGCUGGCAAAUUGAGACUCCAGGUGGAAGACUCCCCCGGACCAGGCUGCGGGAGGGGCUGCCUGAGCACACCCUGCCUCCUGGCUGGGAAGAAUCAGGAGUGACAGAAAGGUUAUUUACCACCUCACCAAAUCGUUGAGGGGGUGGGGUGGGGCAAGGGCUGUAUGAGCUGCAGUAAUCGCUGAUGUCUCCUGGGAAGGCAGGCAGGUGGAGGAGGCCACCUGCUGCCUUUGGCCUCCGGGCUCUACCUGACCUGUCUUCACAGGGUGGCUGCUUGGUUUUGCCUCUCUCUCCCUGCCCUUGCUUCUCUUUUACUGACACAACCACGUUUUCCAUGUGUGUUGGUAAGUGAGAAACAAAACAUGAAAAAUAAAACGAAGAG